UGAACACACUCUGCAGUCCUGCCCUUCAGAAGAACAUCUUUUCCAACAUUCUAUCAACUUCCACUCUGCUUUCCACAUGCGAAGGAGUAUCUAUCUGUGCUGCUUUAAGAGUUUCCAUGGAGGCACAUGCCAGCCACAUGUUAAACGCUGCCUUGGAGCAAAUGGAUGGCAUUAUAGCUGGCAAAAUGUAUGAAGGUCUUUUCAGUCCUCCGAUGCAGCCGUGUGACCAAGGUUACAAGUCUUCAGAUGUUGACCCAGAGUUGCCCCUCCCCACGCCCGUGGACCCUGCUUUUGUGGCACUUCAGCUGAUGGAGGUCCUCAGGGCUGUGCUGGAGGGCCAGAGGAGUGAGGAAAAGCAGGGUGCUCUCUGUAAACAAAUGUCUACAGAUACACCAAAUGUUAUAUUAAAAUGGCUGCAAAGAGUUGAGGCAAACCUCACCUUAAACAACAGCAGUGAGUCCUACCAAGAGAGGUUAUCACGUCUGGAGGGAGACAAAGAGUCACUAAUUCUGCAGGUGAGUGUGCUGACAGACCAGGUGGAGGCUCAAGGGGUGAAGAUCCAUGAUUUGGAAAGUUCUUUGGUGGAGCAUCAACACAAACUCAACAGUACAGAAGAGAUGCUACAGCAGGAACUCGUGCAUAGGACGUCACUGGAGAAACAGAAGCUGAAUCUUAUGGGGGAGGUCUCUUAUCUGAAACUGAAGCUGAAAGACAUGGAGGGAACGCAGAUUCAUGGGGCAGAGAGGCAGCACAAAGCUGAGACUGUAGUGAAUUUCAUUAGUGAACUGCAGGAGCAGAUGUGUCAAUUUCAGAAGGAGAUCAAUAGCAAGAUCCAGGAGAAAAAGGCCUUGGAGAUCUCGACUGACAGCAGAUUUCCAGUGGUGGGCCCCACUGAGUCCCCUGAGGGUCGAGGCAAAAACUUCACUGUGUCCUGUGAUGGGCCCUUGGGGUGUAUGCAGAAGCUAGAGGAGACUCCAGACAGACCUUUGGGGAACCUGGGAGAGGGUAGCUCAGAUGCAGAGCAGCUGUGCCACUGCGGAGGAGAAAGAGUUUUACUGAAAGAGCUCAGAAUUCUCAAGGACAAAGUACAGUAUCUGGAGGACCAGAAGUUACAAUAUGAAAAGAAGCUCAAGGCAACCAAGGCAGAGAUCAGCAGCCUUCAGCAACUUCUCCUCACAAAGAAUGCAGAAAUUGAGAGUUUGCACACUCAGUUGCUGGCUAGACCUCCUCUGACGACAGAGAUCUCAGAGAGAGAUCAAGAACUCCAAAGGCUUCGCAGUGGAAUGAAAUCACUGGUUGCUACCAAUGAUGAAAAGGACAGACAGAUUGAAGAGCUCACUCUUCUCCUGAAUCAAUGCAGACAGUUCAGAGAUGUUACUCUCAUCUCAAGACAAGCUCCAUCUGCUGUCAGUUCAUUGUCAAAUGGUCGGACUGCUUCAAGUAGCAGUGAGGAAGGAGACCAGAACUUGACCAAGACUGUUGACUCUACCAGUACAAAAUCCGAUGAUGUGAAGUCUGAGGUUUCAACAAAUAGUUCGUCUUCCCAGCAAACAUCAAUCCAGACAGAUUGCGAUUCCAGAACAGAGCUACAGAUUUUAUCAAGUAGCUUGAAUGACAUAACAAACGGACAUUCACCCAAGUUUCUCCGUGGUGGUCUGGGUGACAGUAGAAGUCAGACUUUGCCUGUGAAUUCUACUCUCCUGGAACAAAAUGAGACUGAUGAUACAGAUAUUCAGAGACAAGAAAAUCCAGUUGAAGAUGGAGACUCAUGCCAAAGAAAGUCGGAGAGAGCCCAUGACUGCACACCCAGUGAGAAUUCCCCUGCUCCUUGUGAGGCACAGCCUGGCCAGCGAGCUGUGGGAUCUCCUGAAUACAUGAAGAACAACAGGAGCUUCAAGAGAUUCUGGGGAAAGCUUCGAAGAACCCAGUCAGGCGGCUUCCAGCCUGCAGAUCCAGAUGCGGGUCAGUUCAGAAGAGGAGGCUUACGUGCAACAGCGGGGCCCAGACUUACCCGAACUCCUGAAUCUAACCCCACACGCGACUUGAAUAGUCCAUUCAGUCAAUGGACCAAGGAGCAGGUGUGUGGGUGGCUUGAAGACUACGGUCUUGGCCAAUACAUCAAUCUCACCAGACAGUGGGUUGAAAAUGGGCAGACGCUUUUGGCAGCCACACCUCAAGACUUUGAGAAGGAGAUGGGCAUGAAACAUCCCCUUCACAGGAAAAAGCUGCAACUUGCUUUGAGGGCCUUUACUUCAAAGGUUGCAGAGAAAUCGUCAGAGCUGGAUCAUAUCUGGGUCACCCGCUGGCUGGAUGAUAUAGGAUUGCCUCAGUAUAAAGACCAAUUCCAUGAGGCUAGAGUAGAUGGCCGGAUGAUCCAGUAUCUCACAGUGAAUGACCUCUUGACUCUAAAGGUCACCAGCCAGCUUCACCAUCUCAGCAUUAAAUGUGCCAUUCAUGUUCUUCAUGCCAAUAAGUUCAACCCCAACUGUCUUCGACGCAGGCCAGGCGAAGAGAAACAUCCCUCUCCUUCAGAGGUAGUACAGUGGUCAAACCACUGCGUAAUGGAGUGGCUAAGAGCAGUUGAUCUUGCUGAGUAUGCUCCUAAUCUACGGGGGAGCGGCGUUCAUGGUGGCCUGAUUAUCUUGGAGCCUCGCUUCAGUUCUGAGACUUUGGCGCUGCUUUUAAAUAUUCCUCCACAGAAGACUUUGCUCCGACGUCAUCUUGCUACUGCUUUUGCUGCCCUGGUUGGGCCUCAAGCCAUGCAGGAGAAACGAGAGUAUGGCAACGCCACAGGCCAUGUCCCACUUACUACCACUGCUAAAGUGAAACCAAAGAAGCUGGGCUUCACCCAAUUCAGUCAUCUCAGAAAGAGGAAACCCGAUGAAUCUGCAGACUACAUUUGCCCAAUUGACAGUGAGGCACUAACAGUGAAUGGGGUUUCCCGGGUGCUCACUCCAUCACACAGAGGCUUUAGCUCAACUUUGGACAGACAAGCUGAAAAGUGGCAACCAGCGGCUGUAAAAGCUCAUAGUAACGUUCCAGAUAAUAACUGAAUAAAAAAGAAACUCAG